AUGUUCCUAACGGUAAGGCCCUCUAAUGUUCUUGAAGAAGCUUUGAAUGGCACAGUUAUUGUCAGAACCCUUCCAAUUGGAACAUCAGUUAGUGGAAAGAAAGAUAGUGAGAAGACUGGGAAGGUGACAUCUGCAGGAAUGUACUUCUUACAUUUUCAAGGGUACAGAAUGGAUUCAACCGUGAAUGUGUUAGCAAUGGAAAAGGAUCCUGAAGGGGCUUUCUUUAAAAGGGUGGAAGGUUUUCAACCUUGUGAAGUAUCGGAACUAAAUCCUGGCACACAUAUAUUUUUUGUUUAUGGAGACAACUUCUUUAAGACAGCUAGCUAUACAAUUGAAGCAGUAUGUGCGGAAACACUUGAAGAUACCACCGAAAAAAUUAAGGAUGUUGAGGCUCAAAUUUUAAGGAAGAGGAAUGAGUUGUGCCAAUUCGAAAUAGAGUAUAGAAAGGCAUUGACAUGCUUUUAA